GAAUGAAGAUCCAACAGCUCUUUCCCUCCUCUUACAACGGAAAUUUUUGACUAGGGUUUCCAAUUGAUUGUUGUUUGUUCUUAUCGCUUUACUAUUCUUCAAAAUCAAUUGCUGAAAGAGUGAGUUCAAAUUUCUGAAGGUAGAUUUAAAGGUUUGUACUGCUUUAUAUUAAAACAUGGAGAAAACAGACCAUGAAGUAACCAAAGAAGGAGUUUUGGAUGUGAAAAAUCAAAGCUGUCUGCUCGAGGCAGAGAAGUCAAGUGUGCUAUCUCCUUUACCUUUGCAGAAGAGGGGGAUCGCUGUAGGCAACUCUAUUGGAACAGAUUUUUCAUCUUGGACACCAGAGAAAAAGAAUGAGCAAUCACACACUAAACAUGAAAUACACAUUGCUGAGCUUCCUGAAAGAUACAGAAAAUUGUCAGAGUUCUUUGAUCGUAUGCUUUGUUCCUUGAGGUUGCUCGGUCUGCGAAAAAGGUCACCUACUUUUAAGAACGUGUCCAGUCAAGUCGAAGUACUUACAGGAAGAAAAUUUUCACACAGGCAUCUCGCACAGAUAAAAUAUAUAGUUCCUGAAGCCAUUCAGAUAGAUAAAUUACUUGUGCACGAUGAGAAGACCAUGUGCAUGAAGCCAGAUGUUAAAAUUACCUUGCAUUUAGAUGCUGUCGAAGAUCACAAAGAACACUCAAUGUUUAUGACCCUCAGUAAUCUUUUUGCAUCCAGGCUUGUGGAUUUUCUCCAUAAACAUGCUCAGCAGGAUUGUGACAUACCCGAAGCCAUACUUCCAGAUCCGUUUAACCAAAGCUGCCUCACUAGCGAUGCAGACCGGUUGCCUAUGGAUUUACCAAGUCCACUUGAGUCUGAAUUGUUAUCAUCAUCCCAUCUCUGUCCAUCCUUCAGUUCACGCUUUUCUCGGCAGGCUGUUUCUACAGAAGCAAAGAUAGAUCAUCUCUCAGUACCUUCGCCGGCAUGCUUACCUUGUGUAUCUGAAUGUACAUUGAAUGAGGAACUUGAUUCUAAAAGGAGAUCUCCUAAGUCACCCAAAUCCUCCAUCAACCUGAACAAUGUUGAAGAGAGCCAAACUCUACCAGGUUGUAGUUUGUUUGCAAAUGAAAGAACUCCUAUGAAGCUCCUGUCUGAAAGUGAAGUAACGCUUGAAACACCUGCUCAGCCCACACCAAAGAGAUCGGUGCCAAUUACCGAAGAUAAGUACAAGAGUAUGACAGGCCAAAACUCUCUUGUUUCCAAUCUAAUUGUCAAAAGGUCAUUGGAUUUCUCCACCUUGGGUGGUGAAGAAAUGUCUUCAGAUUUGAGUUCUGGCAGUAUAGAGCAUCAUGAAGAUGCAGAUAAUGCCCUUAUAAUGGAAAGGAAGUCGAUUUCAAAGGAAGAUCAAGUUAAUGCUGAUGUAUACCCUCAUGAGGUUCAGGAAAGGCGUUGCUCCUUUAGCAAGGAAGAGAAGAAUUAUCAAAGUCAUUUGACUGCGGCCCGGAAGGAAUCUCUUGGUUUAUCCGAUCUUGUUCGUCUAAUUCACCGCAUUUUCCAGUCUGUUGGCUGUCGUUCAAUGACUAAAGUGGAACUUGUUCACAAGAUCAUAGUGAAUGACUAUGAUAUUGAUGAGAACACUGAUGUGGAAGGGCAGAUAGAACAUCUUGAGAGACUAGUUCCAGAGUGGCUAUGCAAGAAGUCUGCCCCCACUGGAGACCUUUUGUACAGUAUCAAGAAAGUUCCUGACUUGAGCUCUGUCUGCGAAAGGGUUAUAGGUGUAUGAUCGAUUUUGUACAAGGGCGCAUGUUGUUGGAGAUGCUCAAGAUAGUAACUCACAAACUCAGUCUGGUCCUUGCGCAUCGUAUACAAGAACUUGGUGCAUUUAUGGAGUAUUUGGGACAGGCGGUUGUUGUCCAAAAAUGUAGUGAAGGCAUGCUAUAGCCUUGUAAUUUGUUCUGAAGUAGAUUAGUGUAAAUGAAGUCUGAGCAGCUUGUUGGCGCAAAAAUUGCAUUGCAGUUGUAAUCCGUUUGAAUAACUCACCUAAUUGAUUGAUGGAGUAUUUAUUUGCUUAUGCAGUUGAUCGGAUA